AUGCACGGAAUGAACAAGCUUGCUCUGGCACUGGUUGCCGCCAUGGCUGCCGUGGGUGAGGCUGAGCCCAAUGGACUCCACGCCCGUCACCUGCGUGCCCGUGGCCCUGGCCUGCAGCAAACCGAGACUCUUCCCACGCCAGUCCCGGGCCCGACGGAGACCCCUGCGACCUCUGAGCCUGCUUCCGACAGCAGUGCGCCAUCCAGCGUUGCCUCCGCGACUCCUUCUGAGGCUCCAUCUGCCGUUCCCUCCGAUGGGCCUUCCAGCACGCCCGCUGGCGAGCCCCCCGUUGCUCCCUCGAGCACUCCUUCUGGCACUCCCUCCAGUAUUCCCUCUGGCACCGGCCCCGCUAGCAUUGCUCCCUCCAGCAGUGGCCCGUCCAGCAUUGUUCCCUCUGGAGCUGCUUCCUCUGGCGUUCCUUCUGGAACCGCCCCCGUUGUUUCUUCCGGUACUCCCUCCGGCACUCCCUCCAGCACUCCCUCUGGCAAGCCGCCUGGAAAGCCCACUCGCACUCCCUCUGGCAAGCCUUCGGGUUUCCCUACGAGCUACCCCUCCGUGGGGCCGUCCUCUUCUGGGGCUUCCUCCUCUGGAGUGAUCUCCUCCACUCCCUAUGGCACCGGCCGUCCCACCUGGGGCACCUCUUCAAUCUCUCCCGUCUCGACUCCCGUCUCAACCCCCAUCGUUGUGACCUACACCCAGGGCAGCGGUUCUUCCACUAGCGUCGUGACCACCACCAUCUGGCGCACUGCCUCUAACGUCCACACUGUCACUGCUACCGAGAACGGCGGUCCCCUGGAGACUCCUGGCGCCAAUGGCCACAACCAGAGCGGCGAGGGCGAGGACGAGGAUGAGGGCGAGGACAGCACCUCUACCGUUACCUCCACCCUACACUCCACCGCCACUGAGACCGUCACCCUGGUCCAAGUUCCCACCAGCUCUGUCAUCGCCGGCAAUGGUUCUGGUUCUGGUUCUGGCGAGUGCAGCCCUGUCACCGUGACCGUCACCGAGACCGUUACUGCUAACGGCGCCGCCACCUCUGCCCCCAGCAGCAACAACCACCAGCAGGGCAGCGGCAGCAACGGUGAAGGCUCCAGCGAGGGCUCCGACGAGGGUGAGGAGACCACCACCAUCCAGGCCACUGCUACCGCCACCGAGACCUCGACCGAGACCCCCAGCGUGACCUAUACCCCUACCGGGCGUCCCCCUUACGGCGGCAACGGCACCCGCCCGUUCCCCUCCUUCACUCGUCGCCCCCACUCCUCGGCCCCCUACACCAACUCCCACCGUCCCACUGGCACCAUCGCGCCCAUCCCCAGCGGCCCUAGCACCCCGGCCGCCCCCUCCGGCCACCCCGAGCCCACCGGCUUCUUCGCCCGCUGGUUCUAA